UUUAACAAACUCAACAUAGUCACAACCCAGGAUGGACAAACAUCCGAAAAGACACUCACACUCGCUCGCCGCGAGGUGUUUGACAUCCGUGCUCAAUUAAUGGCAGAGGAUACAGCUGACUAUGAGAACGAAGAACUGAUCUCCGGACUCGAGAAGGGGGAUAUCACGCCUAACAUCUAUGAAGGCGGCUUCAAAACGUGGGAAUGCUCCGUAGAUCUAGCCAAAUUGGUUGUUAAUGAAAACAAUUCUUCCGGUGCUAACGCGGAUGAUCGACAUAUUAUCGAGCUUGGUGCGGGGACCGGGGUACCCUCGCUUGCCUUGUUUGCGCAAUUACUAUCUCAACCUGAGGGCUGUCCACGGACUACUCGCUUCACGUUUGCGGAUUAUAAUUCUGCCGUGCUUCGCCUGGUCACUUUGCCUAAUUUGCUUUUGACCUGGAUGUACAUUGUCACGCGUCAGAAGUCGGUCUCGGUCGCCGGGGCGGAAGACCAGGUCGAAGAAGAGUUGGAAUUAGAUAUCACUCCGGAACUUCUCGAAGCUUUUCAGAAGGAUCUUGCCGAACGGAGCAUAACGGUCCAAUUUAUCUCCGGUGCCUGGUCUCCCGCUUUCGUUGAUCUGGUGUUCUCGUCGGACGAGAAAGCCAAAGGAGGGACGUUGGUCCUUGCUAGUGAGACGAUAUACUCGCCGGCAUCUUUGAGUGCUUUCUCGGAAACACUGCUGGCUUUGCUUCGUCGCGCUGUCCAGGCAGGCGGGAAGAGUAGAGCUCUGUUGGCUGCAAAGAAAGUCUAUUUUGGUGUUGGCGGUGGUGUGGAUGAGUUUUUGGCAGUCUUCAAUACCGUCGGUGGUGCUGGUUUGGAUGUGAAGGAGCGGCUGGAUGUUAAGUCAGAAGGAGUGGGUAGAAUAAUCCUGGAGAUUGUGCCCAAGGCUCUCCAAUAGUGGGGAUAUCAAUAAAAAAAAAGGUACCGUGAUUAGAGUGUCAACUUCGUCCUAUAACUAGAAUAUGGGUUAUAGAUUCCGGUUGGUCCCCGAUAGGAUCACGAGGGCAAGAAGAUCAACAAUUCAAACGGUCAACGAAACCUUGAACUGUCCUGUUAUAUGUACAUAAUGUUUAACCCUGCCAUGCCUACUACCGGCAUCUUGAAACAAAAAGAGAAAAAAUCAAUUUUGUCUAAUCAUAGAGAGAGACAACCUUGCCAUCCUGCAUCCGGGCAACACGGUUCUCUUCCAUCUUCUGGUUCUGACGUUCAUAGUGUGCGGUGA